UUUUUUUCUCCUCGAGCUACUUGCAUCCCUUCACGUUUACAUCUUUGAAAAACAGCCUCUUGCUAUUGGCUUUAGAUCACCAUCUAACAUCUCCAUCCCUCCUCAUUCCUCGCCUUGUUCUGGAAAGAGUCUAGGAAUUCAAAAUCACUGCCCAGUGCCAAAUUAUAAUCUCUUCCUGAAUUAUCACCAAGCUCAACCGACAUUAUGCUGUCCAAGACCUUGUUCAUCCUCGCCUCGGCUGCCACUCUAGUCAACAGCCAAUUCGACCCGACAUCAGUUCCCUAUGCUACAAGAGAGGCCUGGUGUAACUCCCAAACAUCCGCCUGUCCCCUCCUCUGUCUACAACUACCAGGAGCCUCGGGCUCACCAACAUCAAACACCUGCUCACCCGACACACUACUCUACUACUGCCUAUGCAGCAACAAUGUCACCCCCAAUGCCACCGAAUAUUCCCAGACAAUCCCCUACUACACCUGCACGGAAACCAACAACCAAUGUGUCCUCAAAUGCAAUGGGGACUCCACUUGCCAAAAUGACUGCAGAGUAAAGAACCCCUGUGGAGCCCAGGAUCCAAAGCGUGUUAAUGUGACUACUACCGCCAAAGCCGCUACCCCCACUGCAUCCGAGACCCCUGUCAAUACCCUUAUUAAUGGAGCUACUGGCGCUGCUCCCCGCAUGGCCUCUGUUGAUAUGAGUCAUGUCUAUGGGCUUUGUGUCUUGGUUGGUGGGUUUUUUGCCGGCUUUGCUACUCUCUUGUAGAGUGUAAGGGUCUAGGUCUUGAUUAGCUCCCCCUGGGGGGGUAUGAUUCAAGAGUCCAGUUGGUUAUUUGGAUAAUGAAACUUGGAGUUGUGGUUGUGCUUGCUCGAGACUUUACUAAUAUUGGCUAGUGUUUUGUUGCUUUUUGGGUUUGCAUUUUCCGGCUGCAUUAGCAUUGAGCGUCUGUUUUUUUUUUUUUUUUUUUCUUUCUU